AUGAGCUUUAACAGUGAUAUGCAUCCUAGAAAUCCUUAUAAGGACAAUCCUCCUGAUUUCAAAAGUUUAGCCAUUAAGUAUCCAACAUUGAGAAAGCACUGUACUCUAGGGCAGAAUGGAAGGAUUCACAUCAAUUUUCGCGAAGAUGAAGCUAUACGAGCUCUUACUCACGCUAUUUUCCACAAUGAUUUUGGAUUGAAUGUGGACUUAUCGAGUGGGUGCCUAGUUCCCCGCAUACCUCAAAAACUUAAUUACCUUUUGCUCUUGGAAGACUUACUCCAGUUAAAUAAUUUAACAGAAAGAGUUAAUGGCAUUGACAUAGGAACGGGCGCUUCUUGUGUUUAUCCUCUUCUUGGGGCUAAACGUUUUGAUUGGAACUUUGUUGGGACGGAUGUGAAUCCACAUUCGAUUGAAAUCGCCUCGAAAAACGUGUCUCAAAACUCUUUAGAACAGUGUAUUGAAACACAGCUUGUAGAGGAAGAUACUUUUUUCCAGGGUGUUAUGGAGAAACAUCCCGAUCGAGUGUUCGAAUUUUCAAUGUGUAACCCUCCCUUCUUCGAGCAAGAAGAAACAUACGAACGUUUUCCUGUUCAGCUAUCCCCUGGGAAAUUCUGUAAUCUACCUGAUUAUGGAGCUACCACCAGCAGACCUCCCCCUCGCUCCAGCACAGUGGCAAAAGUCAAUGAGUUAGAAACGAGCGGAGGCGAGGAAAGCUUUGUUUUGAAAAUGAUCGAAGAAAGUAUAGUUUAUAAAGAAAAAAUCAGUAUUUUCACUUCUAUGCUGGGUAAGAAGACAUCCUUAAAACCGUUAAUGCAACGUCUCCAUGAUCUGCCUGAUGUGAAGUGCAAGAACUUCGUUCUCUACCAAGGAAGGACUCAUCGAUGGGUCAUAGCUUGGACAUUCCGACCCAAUAUUCGUCUUGAGAGAGUGAGUUUCCUGCUGAAUUUCUCAAACAUACUAAUCUCUGAGGGGCGAAAUGCAACAGAUGUUAUUCUAAAUGAAUUGAGAAAACUCAAAAUCGAUAUAAUUAAAGUGAACUCGAAGUAUGUGUGUAAAAGUGCAUGUUGUACAUGGCUCAAUCUCAGACGGAAACGACGUUUGAUGGCUACUAAUGACGAUCAUCCGAAAUCAAAAAGAGUAGUAGGAGUAGCUGAUGGUUCGCAUAAUGACGUGAAAACGAAUGAGUUGUGCCUGUCAGACGAUGAUCAAACGAAAGAAUCAUUCCAUCUACAAUUUGAGUUGUUAUUGACUGAAUCGUCAGCUGAGUUUGAGCUUCUGCAAGGAUCAAAAGAGAGUCUCAAUCAGCUUAUGACAUGCGUAAGGAGUAGAAUUUCAAAAUAA